GGCGGUUCCCAUUGGGCAGACGAGCCAUCACUCACUUCUCUGAGUUUUAGUUAGGUGCUGUUGAUACUCUAGUUUGGAGUCACCAAGACUCAGAACUGAAUAUAGCAGCACACGUUCAUCGCUCUGAAACAGUUUUAAAAUUUAAAUUACAUAAUCCCAUGACUUGUAUAUUUGUGUAAAUAGAUAUUUUCUAUUUUUUUUAUAUCGACACAACGACGAGAUGGAACUUAAUUCUCUUCUUAUUCUGCUGGAGGCUGCAGAGUACUUGGAAAGAAGAGACAGAGAGGCAGAACACGGUUAUGCGUCUGUUUUACCGUACAGGAGCGACUUUUCCAGUAAGAAAACGAAAGCUUCGCCAAUUUCCCGAAAAACUCAGAACAAUAGAUCAUCGCACAACGAGUUGGAGAAACACAGACGUGCCAAACUUCGGCUGUACUUGGAGCAGUUGAAGAAGCUGGUGCCUUUAGGUCCAGACAGCACAAGACACACCACACUGAGCUUGCUGAAAAGGGCCAAGAUGCACAUCAAGAAGCUGGAGGAGCUGGACAAGAAGGCUUUAAACACGAAGGAGCAGCUGCAGAGAGAGCACCGUUACCUCAAACGCCGCCUGGAGCAGCUUUCUGUGUCCGGAUCCGUGGAGCGCAUCCGCACCGACAGCAUGGGCUCCACCAUCUCCACCGACUCUGAGCAAGACGUGGACAUUGAGGGCAUGGAGUUCACUCCCGGCGAGGCGGACAGCGUGGACAGCAUCAGUGAUGGCGAGGAGGAGGAGGAGGAGGAGGAGGAGGAGGAGGAGGACCACUACAGCCUCCAGAGCAGCUCCAGCGACACCAGCUACACAGCCACACAUUCCCACAGACUGCAGCCGCACCACUGUUAGGACGCCAAGCGGACAUCCAUCUCCAAACCAGCUUCCUCUCCCACGCUUGCCUCCCCUCACCUCUACCUUCCCCGACCAUUUGCCGCCCGCUGCCUACAUCAGUCCGGUCCACAGCGGCAGUGAACCCCCCUUCCUAGCCCCGGCUCUGCAGGAAGCGCAUGGGGCUGAAAUGCCACUCAAAAGCCUUCCUGACCCCCCUGACCACUGACCCUACCUCACCCUACUGUAUCCUGCCUGAACCCGCCCCCCCUCAUACACCCUGCCCUCCCACUGCCCUCACACCCCCCUACCUAGUGUUGCCGCAGGCUCAUGGAGAGCAGAGCAGAGUUUGUGGGUUUAUUGGGGACUUCUGUGGUGUGGUGGACAGCUUUGACUUGUUAAUCAGGUGUGUGUGUGUGUGUGUGUUUGUGAAUAUGCAAGAGAGAAAGAACAAGCGAGGGAGUUAAGGAGAGUUCAAAAACAAAAUAUAAACUUCACGCAUCUCCAUAAGGCAAUAGCAACCCCAGGCAGGCACUGUGUGUCUGUGAUGUAAAAGAUAAAGCACUUCUGUAUUUUCUGCAAUAUUUGCAACAUGCAAAGGUAUUUACAUCACACAGUAUCUUCCCUUUACACAGUGAGAUUUACCGGAGCAGCUAUUGCAGGCGUGACGCACUUUCCUUGAAACGAUUGACUGCUGAGAAAUGGAAAAGGUUAGGGUAAUAGUUUGACUUUUUGGGGAAAUGCAUUUAUUAGCUUUCGUUUUGAGCCGUUUCCUCUUAAUUCCAGCCUGUAUGCUAAGCUAAGGUACCGCUGGCUGUAGCUUCACAUUUAGCAAACAGACAUGAGUAUGGUAUCGAUUUUCUCAUCCUUGCGUGUAAGGAAAUAAGCUAUCACCCAAAAUGUCAAACUAUUUCUUUAAUGUUCCACUUUUUCAGGUCAAAUUACUGCGUCCGCGUCAACAAAAACGAGACUUUUUCAGUCAGCAGUUACAUCUUCAAAACGGGGCUGAUAUUUGGCCAAAGACAAACUGAAAAACAUAGAGCUGUAGCAGAGAAGAAAUAUUGUAUAUAGCUGUACAGUUACAGUCUCCCUCUGGUUGGGUUGCCUCACCACUACUCCACACUACUGACCACUACACUAUACCACCCUAUGGUGUGGAUGGACUACUAAGUCAAUUGAAAAAAGGAGUUGCCUCAUUACUAAAAACUCUAUUUCUUAAAGAUUGAUUCAAAUCUUGUGAUUCCUUCUCAGUAGCGAAUUGAUGUAGCAAUAAAUACGAGAGGUGGGUUGAUCCUCUGAGUGUUUAAACAAUUCUGGAGGACCAUGAGGCGUCACAGAGACUUUUACCUGUUCACCCCGCAGACGGCCAGUGGGUGCUAAGUGAGAGCGGACCGGCAGAUAAAGGAGCAAAUUUCUUUUUCCUUGUUCACUAAUAGAUCCCUCUCUGUGCUCACAACGCCAUUUACCCAGAAUUCCCAUUCCUCUACAGCUUUGUUACUUUUUCAAACAGUAUUCAUGUGUGUCUGGAUGUCUGUCUGUUUUCCUGAUUAUCAAGUCGAAGCUGUACAUUUGGAGAAAGAAAAUGUAAAAGAUACAAAAAAAAGGGCCAGCUCUAAGGAUGUGCUCUCUGUAGAGGUGUUUGCUAUAGCUUAAAACUAAUCACAUUCAGUUUAUUUUAACAAAGACUAAUUAUUACUUUUCUCUGCUAUCUGUUACUUAUCUCCAGAGCUUCUGGGCACGAGGCAUCGUGUCCGUAACUUAUUCACAAUAGUCACUAUCGACGGAAGGGGCGCUUCUGUCGCUCUCUGACCAUUUAAUAAACAUUAGGCCUCAGUCUGGCAGUCUUUAGAGCUUGGCAUUCAAACACUUGAAAAAAAAGGCCAGUCCCCCAUGGCAGGUCUGCCAAAAAAAUAUAAAAAAACGACAAAAGACUCAAGAACACAAAAAACGUGCAAAAGAAGUAGCGCGCCACUCAAAGUGACGUUAGCCAGUGUAGUCUAUAUUUCUUGUAUUACAUUUUGUAUUAUAUUUUCCUAAAUGUUCUCUUGUAAUGAAAAGACAAAAAAGAGCGAGUAUAUCUAUCUAUAUAUAAAUAUAAAAUAUAUAUAUAUAUGAGAGACAGACGGACGUGAGGUCAGGCUUGUUGAAGGGAGAUUGGGGGCAGGGGAGCUGAUACACUGGCCCCUCUCCCUUGGGUGACUCUCCUGCUGUCAUUCUGUGCCUUGGUGAGCCUUCGACCUCCCUCCUCCUCCCCGUCCUCCUCCCUUCCACCUCCUCACCCUCACUCCCUACUCAGGUCACACUCCCCUUCUCUUUUUCUCACCCUCCCUCCGGCGGGAGAUUUCAACCCUAACCAUGCCAAAACACUUCCAUGAGCAAUGGGCACUUGAAGAGAAGAUCUCAUACAUACAUUUGAAAAAGCCCAUCUCUGUACUGUUGUUUUAGGCACUCCCCCUCCCCCGACCCUGACGCCCACUCGUCUGCCAGCGCCGCCUCUGUCACAGAAAUGUUUUGAAAACCACACACUGGUAAACUCCCAUGGCAGCUUCCAGUCGCCCCCAAUGAUCACCAACGGGGCUCCAAACUUCUGGGCUUGAAGCGUGUUUUCAUUUUGUUAUUUUACUUUUGUUCUUUGUUGAUUUUGAGUUCGUUCAAUGGGAGUCACUGGGAUAGGAGUGAUAAAAUAAUCCAAUCGAUGGCAGCUUAAAGGUGUAAUCCUCCACGCUCCCAGUGGUCCGUCCCAGUAAAAGUGUUACCCGUUGAUCAGGGGACCUCUUGAGACACAGCAAUAUUACCAUCUCGUGCUUUCUGAGGGAGGGUGGGGGGGGGGUGGGGGGUGGGGGGGUUUAAAGACAAGCAGGUGGUUUUGCUUUUGACUCUGUGGUGCAUUUUAAUGGUGACCAACUCUACAUUUUGUUUUGAUGACCUCCUAUCUGCACUCUCUCCAUACACUGCAGGAGGGCAAAAAAAAAACUAGAGUCUAAAAGAAAAAAUACCUUUUGAAAAGCUGUUUUUUUUUCUAUUUGUCAUCAAGAGUUUACAUUUAUGUCAAAGGAUUUGUACAUGACUGUAUCAGAAAUGUCAGAUAUGAACAACGAAGCGAACCAGAUUAAUGCAUAAAGUGAUUGAUUCUCUUGCACAGAACCUCCCAGCAGAAACGACACGAGUGAAUGGGACGAGGGCCAGAUAUGAGAUUACAACUAUUCAACGGCAUUAUUGAAAAAUGUACAUAGCACACUCAGAAGGGCUUUGAACAGCGGACUGGACACGGUAACAUUGAGUUGGAAUGCUAGAUGGAUAGUGUUUAUGGAAAAUCUUUUAAUGAUGUGCCUUGAAAAAGUUAUUUUCCGAGAUUGUACAAAUAAAUGAAGACUGUUUAGUCAGUUUUAAGCCCUUUUAAGUGGAAACAGAAGACGUUACUGCCUCUUUCUUCACAGAAAAAAGGUAAACAUUUACAGGGUUCUUCAUUAAAACUCCUUUUGAGAUUAUAGCGCAAUUUAAGAGUCCUCAGAGCGAGCACAGGCGGGGUUUGACAUUGGCUUUCAUGUUGCUGUUGCACAGAGAUUUACUUCAGCGUGUUGGGUUUUUUCUAAGAGCACAAAAGCACAGUGUGAUAUUUGGGGAAGUCAGCAGGCAGAGAAAGAGAGGGUGGGUGGUGGGAUGAAAUCAGAAACAGAGGAGACACCAUCCUAUUGCUGAGCCUGCUGAGUAGCAGUUCUUACAUAAACAGACACUUCCAUAAAAUAUUAUUCCUGCCAAAAAUAAAGUCACUUUUAAACCUUCCAUGCAGAAUGAUUUGUAACGGGAUUUCAGGCGACUAGCUUUAACUACUUGUAGGCUUUAGGUCAGCAUCCCGCUAUCCAGACCCCCAGCCUUUUUGUCUUUUCUCCUUUUAAUUUUUCAUCUGUACGUACCGGCUGAUCAUCUUCUGAACCCAGAGGCUUUAGAGCUGGGAUUUAUAGUGGAGGAGGGUGAGAGGAGUUAGUUUUGGGCUGACAUACUGUGCAGAGAAGGGAGAGUUCUGUGCCAGAGACCUGUGAAUAUGUUCCUUUUUAGCGAAUGUGUAAUAUGCGUUCAGAAGAUGUUAUAUAUAAGUUCUUUUUUUUGUGUGUGAGUGUGUGUACACGCGUACCUGGUGCUGGCUACAUUUUUUAGCAAACACAUGAAGGUAUUGUGUAUUCUCUCAUUGUAAUAUAAUUAAAGUGUUUUAUACAUAAAGUC